CAAAAUUACGUGAAGCAGGAUCUCAGUGGCAGAACCACCACCGAUGGGAAACACAGUGCGCAAGAGUGAGGCUCUUCAAAAGUGCAUCUUAAAUGCCAGCACGUACCCAAGGGAGCAUCAACAACUCAAGAAAUUAAGAGAAGCCACCUUCCAAAAAUAUGGCAGCGCGGAAUGGGGAGUGCCUCUUGAUGAAGGAUUGUUCUUGUCCAUUCUGUUGAAAGCUAUGGACGCAAAGAGGACAUUAGAGAUUGGUGUGUUUACAGGUUAUUCUCUACUAACCACCGCCCUCGCUUUGCCGCAUACCGGCCAGAUAAUAGCUAUAGAUCCAAGUCGAGAAGCAUAUGAAGUUGGCCAGCCAUUCAUCCGCGAGGCUGGCGUGGAACAAAAAAUAAACUUCAUUCAAUCCGACGCCUUUGUUGCUCUAGAGGAGAUGCUAACAAAAGGGGAGGAAUUUGAUUUUGUGUUUGUGAAUGCCGACAAGACCAAGUACAAGAAGUACCAUGAGCAACUGAUAGAAAUAGUGAAGCUUGGAGGCAUCAUCUCCUACCAAAACACAUUGUGUUCCAGUUCAGUUGCCUCCGAGGAAGAAGUAACAGAUGAAGCUAUUGUUGAUUUCAACAACAGCCUAGCUUCUGAUGAGAGAAUCGAGAUCUCUCAACUCCCAAUUGGCGAUGGACUCACCUUGUGCAUGCGCAUGAUCUGAUCAUCUAUCGAUAUGCUAUUUUCUUUGCUUUACUGUUAUUAAUUAACCAGACUAUUAUCUUCCACUUAAAUAAUUAAAUAAAUUGUUUGUGAUCACAUACCUUUC